CAAAGUACGUUUACGUAAUUAUCGCUUUGUGAUUGGACAACGGACCCUCUCAACUUUGCCACACUUUCGGCUGAAGAUGUGAGAAGAGUUCUCUCUUUGUGAAGCACACGAAACGAAAUUACUAACCAAUCAGGAGCGAGUUUUUUCAUAGUGUUGUUUUGCUUAAAAGAAAAGCUUUCCCGCUACGGGAAGAAAAUAGAGAUGGGGAAAACAAAGAGAAACUAGAAAUUAACCAUACCUGGAUGUUUUUAGAUCCAAUGUAAGGAAAAAUGGCGGAUUCCGAUUCCGGUACUCACAUUUCAGACACUAUGGAGAGAAACGAAGAAGAAACCGAGCUGAAACUUGAAGACAAACUGGAGCCGAUCACAGAGACAAAUAGUACUAAUUCUGUACUAUCAGAAAACAAUGAGCGACAAAACCCCAACAAGGGUCCAGGAAUGAUAACAAACCAAGUCAAACGAGAGAUAAAGACUACGGAGCCAGCAAGCCCCCGUCUUUCCCUCGCAGAAUCACAAGUAACAGAACGCAGCGAGCUAAGCCAGAUACACACUCGACGUCAGAUACGACAAGACGAGCGUACAAUCCGCCCCGACGACCGCCCGACGGGAAAUCGACUCCAGAGAGUCCAAUUACGAGGGAGCCAAAGCAAUGUGACAACUGCGCAUGUGCACACGGCUCCACGCUUGUACCGGAAGUUAAACGGAGACGUUCAUCCACCGUCGAGACGUGUCAGAAGACAACGGAGUCUCCCCCCGGAAACAAGGCACAGCGGUAUAUCCUAUGCGGGUCGGAGACGGGGGAUGCACAAAAGUCUCGAAAGCAUUCCGGCGCCAUCACACAGCGGGGUCCGAAACGCAUACGAAUUCAUGGAUGCCAGCCGAUUCGCAGAGAUAAAUCGCCGGCCACCGUCACACAAGGAACCCAAAUCCAAACAGGUCGAUAUUAUGGACAUCUCAGAAAAGCUUGAUGGCGUCACAGACAAUGACGUCACAGAACACACAUCGUGGAGCCCCACGGGGAUAUACGCCGUAUUUGUCAUCACAUUAUGGACCGCUGUACUGAAGCUGAUGGAUAGUAUUGAUAAGAAUGGUCCGCUGAUGUGUUCGGAGGGGGAGGAGGUGCGACAGUGGAUCUGCUCGGGGUGUUUAUCCGGGCUGUAUUUCUUGGCGGAGGUGUUCUGGAAGCGCAAAGGGGUUACCAAGGCAUUGUUCGGCACCGUUCUGGUGUUUGCGUAUAUGAUCGUUGGUCACGCAGAGCCGUUAUCGUGCAGACUCGGGGCAGAUAAAGUGGACGAGAUUAGCAAAUGGCAAGCGGCUACGAAUUUUUUCUUUGGCGCGAUUCUCGGCGCUUGGGUUUAUCAAGACAUUGCGCGGUCUGUUCGCAACAGGCGACAAGACACGGCUGCCGACAAGCGUCGACGACGAGGCAAAGACGAGGAAGAUGAGUCAAGCGGAGAUGACUUUGAGGCGAUGCGAGUGUACCGCAUUGUAUGAGUGUCACUUCGGCAUAUAUUUUUAUAAGGAUAUGCUUAGUUGGGUAAAUCGAUGGCGAAUCGCCUAGUCAUCGAUGGGAAAUCGCCUAGUCAUCGAUAGGGAAUCGCCUAGUCAUCGAUGGGGAAUCGCCAAGUCAUCGAUGGGGAAUUGCCUAGUCAUCGAUGGGGAAUCCCUUAGUCAUCGAUGGGGAAUCGCCUAGUCAUCGAUGGGGAAUGGCCUAGUCAUCGAUAGGGAAUCGCCUGAUCAUCGAUAGGGAAUCGCCUAGUCAUCGAUGGGGGAUCGCCUAGUCAUCGAUGGGGAAUCGCCUAGUAAUCGUUAGGAAAUCGCCUAGUCAUCGUUAGGAAAUCGCCGGGGGUUCCCAACCUCACCCUUCUUGACUCCAGUAUUCAUUCCAGUAUUUCUUUAAUGUAAUAAUUUGGAACGUGAGCUAAGGAUGCCGUUUUUCUCUUAAUCGAUCCUUAGUCUGUGGAUUACUACUCUGCAAACACCCUACGUUUUUCUACGCCCAUAGAGAAACAACCUUAACCAGGAAAAGGUAAAACGGGACCAGCCACACCUUCUAAGCCGAUGGUUUUUCUACGCCCAUAGAGAAACAACCUUAACCAGGAAAAGGUAAAACGGGACCAGCCACACCUUCUAAGCCGAUGUAACGGAUCGCGAAGCGUAUACUUAUUUAAUAUAUUUUUUGAAUAACUCGGGAUAGAGGCAAUAAAAGUGUAAAUAAUAGUGCUUUUCCGCGCAUUCCACCAUAAUUUUGAUUUCCUCAGAUAUUGUUCUUUAUCCAGAUGACAGCUAUGCCCCCCUUUCUCAGCAAAUCUUUUUUUCCCGCCGUGCUCGCAUUAUUGUAUUUUUCGAUGUGCUCGCUGCUCGAUUUAUUCAACAACUAAAAAUGCUCGGUCUAGCAUAAAAAACGGGGUGCUCGCAAGUGCUCAUCGGCAAAGACCAUACGGGGUCCAAGUCUAUGGCGCUUGAAAACUUAUCAAGCCGAAACAAGCUUUCUAAAUGAUGCUGUAGAUUAGGUAGGGGGGAAAAUGUGUUAUACGUUAUCUCGUUAUGGGGAUGGGAGCGUUGCGUGACCGACACAAAGAAAGGCUGCGCGGGAGACUAUUCAAUUUUGUGCCUUAUAAGAUUUUGACAAUGUAUCUUCCUCAAAUGCCGGGGUGGUUUCGAUUAUUCCCCGAUAUUCCGAAAACGUCCCGAAUAAAUUCCGAAGACAUCCCGAUUAUUUUAAAAUCUUAUAAGAUCUCAGGAUAAUAAUUAAAAAAAGACUAUAGUAAAACGUAUAAUUCCAUAACAUUUUGACAUAUCAGUAUAUUUUCGUUGUAACAGUUAUGUAUCUCCCUCAAAUGCCGGGGUGGUUUCGAUGAUUCCCCGAUAUUCCGAAAACGUCCCGAAUAAAUUCCGAAGACAUCCCGAACAUUUUAAAAUCUUAUAACAUCCCAGGAUCGUAAUUAAAAAAAAACUAUAGUAAAGCGUAUAAUUCCAUUACAUUUUAACAUACCCGUAUUUUUUCGUUGUCACAGUUACAGCAAAACAAAAUAACGUAUAAAUGCAAUUAAAAAGGAUGAAAAGGCUUGGACAAAUAAAACAAAUAAAAAUUAUCAAGAAGAUCAAAUUAGACCAGAUCGUCAGUUGAAAAUGAGAAGGUAUAAAUGCAUCUAAACAUUGCGCUGAAUCAUAGGAUAGGCCAGAGAUUUCAACCCCACCGCUAUCUGACGAAGUGAACAAUGCAAGGGACCGACAGUAAAUUAAGAAUGUUACAAAGGACCUGAAAGGGCGUUACGAGAAUGUCAUUCGUUCAAGUGAAUUUAAAAGCUUGAGCCAUAUAAAAACGACGUGUUGGUAAAAUGUCACUCAUUUAAACAUAAAAUGCAUGACUACAGAUGAGAAAUGAUCAAUGUGCGAAUCGAAAAAAAAAGAAAAGAAAAAAAUACCUGAGGA